AUGGUUAAAAUCAACGAAAUAGCCCGUACGUCUACCUUUGCCUGGAGUCUGGACAGCUUGCCAUUAUUGGCCACUGGUACGGUUGCCGGAGCCGUCGACGUGGAUUUCAGCUCCAGCGCCUCCUUAGAGGUCUGGGACACCUUUUCUGCCACCAACAAGAACGAUCCUAUCUUCUCGGCCCCAGUGGAAAACCGCUUCUAUGCAUUGGCAUGGUCCAAACCUUUUGAAGGAAGACCAAAAGGUUUACUUGCAGGAGCAUUUGAAAACGGAGUGAUCGAGUUCUGGGACGCAGAGAUCUUGAUCAAGUCCAAGGACCUCAAGAAAGCCUCCGUGCACAAGUCUCACAAGCAUAGUGGCCCAGUUAAGUCCUUACAAUUCAGUCCUUCUCAGGAUCAUGUUAUGGUCUCGGGAGGUGCUCAGGGCCAAAUUUUCAUUUGGGACACCAAGGUCUUCAGCGAGCCUUUCUCCCCGGGUCAGGCCAUGACCCCAAUGGAUGACGUUACCAGUGUGGCUUGGAAUAACUCUAUUAGCCAUAUUAUUGCCAGCACUGGCUCCAACGGUUACACCUCUAUCUGGGACUUGAAGUCGAAGAGAGAGGUCUUGCACUUGUCUUACAGUGGUCCUUCUGGUAGAGCUAACUUUUCACACGUUGCAUGGCAUCCUACCCAAUCCACCAAGUUGAUUACUGCCAGUGAUAAUGAUUCCUGCCCAUUGAUCUUAACUUGGGACUUGCGUAACUCAAAUGAACCUGAGAAGAUCUUGGAAGGCCACAAGAAGGGAGUUCUUUCCUUAGACUGGUGUAAACAGGAUCCAAACUUGUUGAUUUCUAGUGGUAAGGACAACACUACUUUCUUAUGGAAUCCAAUCACCGCCGAGAAAUUGGGCGAAUACCCAACUACUGCCAACUGGGCUUUCCAAACAGGUUUUGCUCCAGCUGUCCCAGAUAUCUUUGCAACUGCCUCUUUUGAUGGUAAGAUAAUAAUCCAGUCACUUCAAGACACAUCACCUCCAGUUUCUACUAAGGUUACUUCUAAUGACGAUAAUGUUUUCUGGAACCAAAUUUCCACUACAGAAACUCAGCAACCUGUUUUUCAAAUCAAGCAGGCUCCAGAAUGGUUGAAGAGACCUUCCAGUGUCUCGUUUGGCUUUGGUUCGAAGAUUGUUCAAGUCAAAAAAGAUGAAUCAGGCAAGUCAAUUAUCAACAUUCUGAAAUUCGUCUCGAAGAGUCAAGGUGGUUCCUCCAAGUUGUACGAAGCUUUAAGAGGAGAUGAUUACAAGACUAUAAUAAACUCCAAAUUAGAGGCUACUGUCGACAAUGUCAAUGAUAAGGCUGACUGGGAACUCUUGAAGAAGUUGUCAGAGACUGGUAGAGAGGAGAUUUUGAAACAUGAAAUUACUGAAAAGUCUGAAAUCAAAGCCGAAGAGACCAAAGAGGACGAAGAGGAGUCUAAUGAGAAUCAAGAUUCAUUUUUCGAAAAACUUGGAAACGGUUCGAUUGCGCCAGUAGAAGACGCAUUUUCUCCUUCUGGUUCAUUCCAAUUGAUUGAUCCAAAGGAGCCUGAGGACAACAAAAAGAUCAUUAAGGCCAUCUUGAACAAUAAAGUGGAAGAUGCUGUCUCUCUUUGUUUAGAACAAGACAGAAUUAUUGAAGCAUUGAUCUUAGCUUUGGACAGUUCAGACUCUAUCAAGCAAAAGGUUAAGAACAGUUACUUCAAAAAGAACGAAAAGAAGGAGUUUACCAGAGUUCUCUUCAAUGUCUCGAAUAAAAAUAUCUCCGAUAUUGUUGCUAAUGCUGAUGUUGCCAACUGGAAGGAAAUUGCAUCUAGCAUAAUUGCAUUUUCCACUGAUGAAAGUGACCGUAAUGCUAAGGUUUCCGAAUUGGGAGAUCGUCUUUUGAAAUCAGGAGAUUCCAAAGAACAGAGAGAUAAUGCCAUUACUUGUUACUUGGCUGGUAAUGCAUUAGACAAGAUUGCUAACAUCUGGCUCAAGGAAUUGCCAGCUUUUGAAUCCGAAUUGCUCAAGUCUGAAAGUUUCUCAAACAUUACUUCUCCAGCAGAAGCUCGUCUUGAAUCAUUGAGUAACUUCGUCCUGAAAAUUGUCGCCUACAGAUCCAUUUCGCAUGACUCUGGGGUCCUUUCAGGUCCAUCAGUUGAACCAAUUUCCAAGGCUAUUUUGGAGUAUGCCAAUUUAGUUGCAGGAUACGGUGAGUUUGAGUUGGCUGAAAAAUUCUUGACUAUCUUGCCAUCUGAAUUUGCAGGUACCGAAAAAGAAAGGAUUUCUAAGGCUUCGGGUAAGGUUGAAACCAAAUCCUUGAUCAACAAGUCCGCUGCUGCUAAGACCCAGCCAAGAAAUGCCUAUUCCAGAACUGGGGGAGUUCCAGCUGCUGAACCAGCCUAUGGUAGACAACCCAAUGCUCCUGGUGUUCCAACUAUUCCAAGUGCUCAAAGUAUAGCUCCUGCCGUCAAACCAUUUGUACCUCAACAACCAACUGGGGUUGCGAAGCCUACUUCCAACCCAUAUGCUAGAGCAGCCACCUCUAAUCCGUAUGCUCCACAAGGUUCUUCCAACCCUUAUGCACCAUCAGCUCCAGCAUCAUCGGUACCAGCUGCAGUUCCUCCACCCGGUGCUACUGUUACACCUCCUCCUUUAGCACCAACGAACAGUUACAAAAAGGAUACUGAAGGUUGGAACGACUUGCCAGAUACAUUCAAGCCUAAGGCUGCUGCACGUCGUGCUGCUCCAGCUGUUGUAUCACAACCAACCACUCCGUUUGCACCAAGUCCACAAGCAACCCCAGGUCCACCAACUAGAGGAUCCAUCGGAACCGCUGCACCAGGUCCAACUGCAGUUCCACCACCACCUAGAGUUGCCAGUCGUACUGGUUCCAAGGCAUCCAUCGCUACUCCACCAAUGGUGAACUCACCUCGUCAAAGCUCUGUCCAAUUGAACAGUCGUUACGCCCCCCCUCCAGGUGCCGCACCUGAGAUUGCUCCACCUGUGAACAAUGGAUUUGCUACGAGUGCUCCUCCAGUCGGCUCUUCUCCAGCUGUCCCAAAGAAGAACCCAUACGCUCCUGCUGAGAGCAAUUUUGCUUCUCCUUCCAAGGUAGCAUAUGCUCCACCACCUACCGGAAACCUCGUCCCGCCAAAUGGAGUGAGCUCACCAGGAAUUCCAAGGGCUCCUGUGACAGCACCCCCAAAGAACCCAUACGCUCCUCCACCAGCUGCGAACGCGCCAAAGUUUCCUGUCCAAGGUGGUAAUGUGCCGCCACCACCAAAAGCUGGGGGAAUUCCACCACCACAACCUUUUGGAUCCAUCUCUGCCCCUCCAAUCCAACCAGCUUUCAACUCUGUGCCUCCUCCUCCAAGGACUCCAAGCAUUGGACAACAGCCACCAGCCGCCCCACCAGUGUCUUAUCAACAAGCACCAGUAGCUCCUGAACCUGCAAAGCCAAAGCACCCUUCUGGUGACAGAAGCCAUAUUCCUGAAAACUCCUUGCCAAUUUAUGAAGACUUUUCCAGAAUCUUAGAGGCCAUCAAGCCAAAUAUUCCAGAGAAGUUCGCAAAGCAUGGUCAAGAUAUGGAAACCAGACUUAACAUCUUGUUCGAUCACUUGAAUAAUGAAGAGUUAUUGAGCAAUGCUACUAUCGAACAAUUGAAGGAGAUAGCUUCUGCGUUGGAUGCUAGAGAUUUCCCAAAGGCUGCUUCUUUGAAUGUUGAUGUGGCUACCAACCAUGCUGACGAGCUUGGGACUUGGCACACUGGUGUUAAACGUCUUAUCACCAUGGCUGAAGUGAUGUAUUAGGCUCGCAGCAUUAGGCCAAGAAUCACAAAGUUAUCUAGUAAAAGUAUUUUAAUUAAAACUGAAUUCAAAUACCCG